CCAGCAACGGUCCGAUCUCGAAGCUUCCGCUACCGACGACGAGCUUGGCGCUGCGACGCUCACAACGCAAUUGCCUCCAACCCACGCAAGCACUCCAGCAUGACCCACUACCUCUACUUCCCCGCGGCGCCCUUGCCGACGCUCGCGCCAUGGGACAUUGUCCGCCCGCGCCACUGGUACCCGCACAUGAACCUCGAGCAGUCGCUCAUGGACUUGGAGCUGGCCGAGCUGGCCGAGGUCGCGAACGCCAUGUUCCCGCCGCGCGGUUCCAACUUGCUCUCGAUGCCGCCGAGCGACGACGCGUUCUUCGCCGACUUGCCGAGCGGCGCCGACCCGGCCGCCGUGAUCCUGGCCGGCGACACGGAGGCGCUACACACGCGCGCGUGCUCCAACUAUUCGUUUUCGAGCGCGUCGGUGAUUGACGACAAGGGUCGACGCGUGUCGAGCAUCCGCCGCCGCUACGAGGACUCGGACGGCCGUCUCAAGGCGGUGCACGAGCGCGACGUCGACGGCAAGCGCCUCAUCACCAAGUGGUCCAAGCAGGACAAGGCGGACAAGGGCGAGCACGUGACGCUGCUCUCGGACGGCAUCGACAAGGCGGGCUUUGAAGCCCUCUGGGCCGAGACUCCGUUCCACAAGGCCCACGCCAAGCACGCGGCCAAGAAGAAGCUCGAAGCCAAGGAGGCCGAGACGGCGGAAGCCAAGGACGCGGAGCCCAAGGCGCCGACGUCCGCGACGCCCUAG